CAUUUCAGGAAGACAACUAGGAAGACAAGUAGCCCGUGUACCUCCUGUGUAUCCUCAACCAAUGAAUACCUCAGGUAAACCCUACGAGUGGCAGCUGUUUGAUGGACAGCAAUGGUUGCAGAUACAAAACGAUAUUAUAAUCGAGUGUAACUACUGCCAGCCAGGAACAAAAGGGAUCACCAUUGAUACAGACAAGGGACCUCUUUACAUUGAUUAUGAUGCCAUGACAAUAAACGCCUUGUUGUCCACGACUUUUGAUGGCCUUGCUGUACGACGACUAUUGUCUCUGUCUCACAAUCAGAGAGAAGAUGUGGGCUGGUACUACAAAGACAACAAUUCCUGGUGUGAAUAUGGGUUACAGGGAUCAAGUAACAGCACGUCAUCAAUAAACAGUCGGGACAUAGAGCAGCACUAUAACUCCAAUCCCACAAGCAUCCUCGGGUUUAUAACAGGAAAAUAUAAAUACAAUUUGAACUUCUCUGCCAUGAUGGAAACCAACCUGUCUACUGGCAAACAGAGGAAAGUGAGGAGGAGGCCAAAGUUUAACUCUGUAAUCUAUGUAAACAACAGGUGCAGCACUUAUAACUGUGAUAAGAAUACAAGAUUUAACAAAAAUAUGAAUUUUUUAAUGAACUCCACUGUUCUCUGUUUAUAUUUUGUCUACAGUCUGAACAUUGACCCGUUUACAUCCACUUUAAAUCCAUCUCCAUCAGCUACACAUUCUGCAAAUGCAUCCACAGAGGCUUAUGGGUUUUACAGGCAGUUUACAGGUGAUGAAGGGUAUCAGAAACCAAGUUCUUCUCUGGAGAGUAGUGUGAUAGAGAGAGAGUAUCAGAGGAAUCCACAGGGCCAGCUUGCUUUCAGGGCUGGGCGUUACAAUUACUCUCUCAAUUUUAACAGUGUGUACCCUAUCAAUUUGACAUAUGAGAGAAGCAGUACUCUGUGCCAAGCUCGCUGGCAGUUUAAAGAUAUGAACGGCCACUGGAACGACUUUGUUAAAGGCACCGGGAGAGGGAAAUGUAACGUCUCGAUUCAGGAAAUUGAGAUGCAGUACCAGCAGAACACAGCAGGGAUUUUAAUUUACAGCUCAGACCAGUUCCGCUACAAACUUGACUUCUCAGAAAUGACCCAGACUAACUUGUCCACUGGUAAGAGGAGGCCAGUCCGACGUGUCUAACUUGAAGUGCUGGAGUUUAUCUAGCAUUUCUCAGAAUGUUUAUUCAUUUUAAAACCUUUAAGUGAUAAGUGACGUGACAUACAUCUAAGUAUAGUGAUCCAUACUCAGAAUUCGUUCUCUGCAUUUAACCUAUCCAAAGUGCACACACACAGCAGUGAACACACACACACCAUGGCACCUCAGUCGUGGUAUUGCCGGCCCGAGACUCGAACCCACAACCUUAGGGUUAGGAGUCAAACUCUCUAACCACUAGGCCACGACUUCUGAAGUCAAUUUUACUGCCUAAAAAACAUCUCACCAGAACAUAACCAGGUUUAAAUGUUUUGCUAGGGUAGGAAAGUCAU